CUUCAUUUUUACCUUCUGUUGUGAGCAUAGAUACAGUCAAGAUCAGUUUAGGGUUGAUUAUUAACCAGUCAAUAGGGGGGUGGCAGUUGUUGAGUCCAGCCACUAUGUUGUCCAGCCUCGAGAAGGUUACCCAUAUCUGUCUCUACUCUUAUUUUAUUAAUCCCAUAUUUUAACCCCUUUGGUUUAUCUCCGUCUACCUCCACAUCAUACAAAAGCCAGGCUGGUUGUUUGGAAAUGAAGCUGUGUCUUCUUCUUCUCUUGCUCUGUCUCUGCUGUCUGGGACUGACUGAGGAGCCCACUACAGGAACUCCUGAUGUCUCCAGUCCUGUCAGUGAAGAGGAGGAUACAGAGGAGGAGGUUCAUAGUUGUAGAGGAACGCGGUUUGAUCCAAAGGAACGCAGGUCAAUAGGGAGCGCCAUAGAAAGACUGGGUUUACAGCUCCUAGAAAAGUUUCCUGUUGGUCCACAGCAGCCGAAUGUCAUUCUAUCACCUCUCAGCCUCGCCUUUGCUCUCGCUCACCUCACCUUAGGUGCUCGCAAUGAGACAGAAAAGCUACUUCUGAAGAGCCUUCAUGCUGACAAUCUGCCAUGUUAUCAUCAUAUACUGGGAGGCCUACUACCUCAUUUCAGAAACACAGUGCUGGAGGUGGCAACACGCAUGUACCUGAGACCAGGAUUUGAAGUGAAGUUGUCUUUUCUUGAGGACUCUCUGGACAGGUACCAAUCACAGCCCGUUCCUCUGCUCUCUGUGGAUGAGGUAAACCAAUGGGUGGAGAACGCCACCAAUGGUCAUAUCCCCAACUUCCUGGAGAGUAUUCCACAUGAUGUGGUGCUUAUGCUGAUGAAUGCUGUGUACUUCAAAGGUGAAUGGCAGACACGAUUUGACCCUCAUGUGACCUCUAAGGGAGUGUUCUACCUUGACAACCAGAACUCUGUGCCGGUGGACAUGAUGAAGUCUGCCCAGUACCCUCUGCGCCUUCUACAUGAUCCAGAACUGGAAGCACAGGUUGCCAGUUUUCCCUUCAAAGGAAACACCAGCUUCUUAAUUGUCAUGCCUUUGCCGGGCAGUGGAAACGUGUCAUCAAUACUUCACAAACUGAACAUCUCCGACCUUUACAGACGCCUACCUCAGGAAAAAACAAUGCAGGUCAAUUUACCCAAGGUGAAGCUACAGUUCCGCCAGGAGCUCCAGGAAGCACUGACCAGCAUGGGUCUUGGUUCUCUGUUUUUAGGUCCUGAUCUUUCUGGGAUUUCCGACCAACCUCUGAGGGUGACCGGUGUCCGCCACGCCAGCACGAUAGAACUCAGCGAGGAAGGCGUGGAGGCAUCUGCCACCACUGUCAUAACCUCCAUGCGCUCCAUCUCCCUCUUCGCAGUCAACUCUCCCUUCCUUUUUGCCCUUGUCGAUGAUGUGUCUCUGGUCCCCAUCUUCAUGGGCAUUGUCACAAACCCUGCCCCUGACAAUGACCCCAUGCUCAAUGAUGAUUCUCACAGCAACCACACCAUGAACGACCAACCCGUUAUGGAGAAUAGCGAACACAGCAACAGGUUGUGCAGUGAGGCAGAGGGCAGCAACAUGCAGUCAUGUAAUGCCCCUGCUGGUGAGGGGGAGCAGCCACAACAUGUAAAGGGACUGGAGAACAGUGAUGUGAAGAAGUAACAGUGAGAUGAACCUGGCCCAGACCAGAGCACUCUGUACUUGCAUCAAAUCUUACUUAUCAAAGGAAUAGUUUGACAUGUUCGGAGAUAUCCCAAGAGUUAGAUGAACACAUUGAUGCGACUUUUAUGCUUGUCGGGAAAAUAUGAAGCUGCAGCAAGCAACCGGUUAGCUAAAGACUGCCUUAGAGCACCUGUAAGACUCACUAAUUAACACUUUAUAGUUGGUUUGUUUAAUCUGUAUAAAAAUGAGAAAAUGAUUAAUUGUGGUAUUGCGGAGAUCUUGAUGUCAUGAGGUUGUGAUGAACCCACAGUGACAGUAUCAAUUGUUGUAUUUACUUCUGCAAGAAAGAAUUUUUCCCAAACUGUCAAACAUUUCCUUUAAAGUAGAUUCAGAGCAGCAGAGGACGAACAUUUUGGACUUUCGUUUAAAAUGCAUUGCAGUUCAACAUGGAAAAAUACAAAUAUACUACAAUUAUAGUGAUCGGAACUGAGUUUUAUAUGAAAGGGACAACAAUUUGAAAUACUAAAAACUCUAAGGAUUCAUAUUUGUAUACUGUCAUGUCACUUUACCAGACUGAUUAGGUUUGAUCAGACUUGUUUCUGAUGUGAUGAAAAUGUUAAAAUACAGUGCUAAGUAACUUUAUAAUGCACUUAUAAGACUUUUGAAUGCAAGACACACAUAGAAAGUCCCCAGAAAGGAAACAUGUUUCAUAUUAAACAAGUUGUGCAUUAUAA